GCUGGCAGCUUGGCCGUUGGCACUUCUCUGACUGAGGCGAUCAUGGCGGUGGUGGUAGCGCUAAUACGGAAAGCCCGAGAUUAUAUUAAGACCAAGGAGUUUCGGGAUUAUAUAACCAGCACCCACUUCUGGGGUCCUGUGGCCAACUGGGGCCUUCCGAUGGCCGCCUUUAAGGAUAUGAAGGCGCCUCCCGACAUCAUCAGUGGCCGCAUGACGACGGCCCUCCUCUUCUACUCCAUGGCUUUCAUGCGCUUUGCCUACCGUGUCCAGCCUCGAAACUACCUGCUGAUGGCGUGCCAUUUCACCAACGUGAUGGCACAGAGCAUCCAGGCAAGCCGUUACCUGAAGUACCACAUUGGUGGUGGAGCCAAAGCCAAAGCCACCAACCCUCUGGCCAAAUAAGCUUGAUGAGACUGGGGGGUGAGAGGGGUAGCCUGAACCAGACUUUCCAGCUUACAAGCACUGGACUCUAUUCCUCCUAAAGAAAAGCCAAGGAAAACUUUGGUUUGCAAACCCGAUUUAAACCUACAGUUUGGUUAAUUAAAAGCAUCA